AUGGACGUCAAGAAAAAGCCCAAAUCUGACCAGCUGAGAUGGGUGGUGAUCUACCCGGCGUACAUUUCCAAGAAGACGCUCGUGGAGGGCCGGAGGAUCCCACUUGCGGAAGCCGUCGACGCGCCCAAUGUACCCGAAAUCGUCGACGUCCUGAAUUCAAUCCCGCUGCCAAAUCUGGUGGAAACAAAGAUGUACCCGAGGGAUCAACUUCGAAGCACCUUAUGCCAGGGUAGAGUGCGCGUGCAGCUAUUCAGUGAAGAUGGGACUCCGCUCGUUCCCGAAAUUACGACCCGACAAGCGCUCUACAAACACGUGGCAAAGCUGAUUCCGAUGCUCAAGACCAGACAGCAAAAGCCGGUCGUCGCCGCGCCUCAAGCCACUGUCGCAGCGGUCUUUCUCGAACUACCUAACAUCGCUGUCGCUACAAUGCCGUCGAACACUUCGACCCGAUGCUUCUUUGAUUUGACAGCUGAUGGCGCGAAUCUCGGGAGAUUGCUUUUUGAGCUGGACACCGAAUUAUGUCCAAAAACCUGCGAGAACUUUGCGUCCCUUUGUCGUGGAACACAGGGUUUCGGCUAUGAAGGCAGUAUCUUCUACCGUGUUGUUCCCGGAUUCUGUGCCUGCAGCGGCGAUUUCGAGACACAAAACAAGGACAGGAAGGGUGGGCGCUCCAUUUAUGGAAAAUGGUUCGAUGAUGAGAAUUUCGACAAGUCGCACGACAAACGCGGUGUCCUCUCAAUGGACAAUUUCGGGUGGCCCAACACCAAUUCUUCACGUUUCUUCGUGACAUUUGACGAAUGUAGAUGGAUGGAUGGUUACCACGUGGCAUUUGGGGAGCUGGUCUCUGGGUGGGACACACUGGAUGCUGUCGAGAAUCUGGGCGUCAUUGAGGGCUACGGCCGCCAGAAGGGGCGAACGACCAAGGAGAUUGUGAUCUCAAAGUGUGGAACUCUC